UGUGAUUGCAGUGAAAUGACUGUGUGACACGGACCCGUUUUAGGUCACCUGUUAUUCUUACAUCAUAUUAGUCUGUCGCAAUGCCUUGGUCAUAUAUACUUCCCUGCUCAUAAACAGAUCGCCAGGCUGCACCGAUCAACACACAGGUGUCUCAAUCAUGGGCAAAUUGAACGUCUUUGGAAUAAGUUUAAACAAUCCUCAAGGAGUGUAUUUCUCAGGACAGGUUGUUGAAGGACAUGUCACAGUAGAACUGAACGGGGAAAUGAAAAUGAGAGGCAUAAGGCUUCAAUUCUAUGGUGGCGCUCAUGUGAGAUGGUCAGAGUCACACUCGACUGGAUCAGGAAAGAACAGACGUACCAGAACAGUAGUCUACUCAUCGCAGGAGAAUUACUUCAACUAUGAACUGGUUUUAUUCGGGAAAGCGUCGGGACAAGGGGGAGAUAACCCUUCUCUGCCGGCGGGACGUUAUACAUAUCCCUUCCGAUACCAACUGCCACUCGGACUCCCGACCUCGUUUGAGGGUUCCGUGGGAAGGGUAAGGUACUGGCUCAAAGGUACCAUUGACAAGCCAUGGAAGUUUGACCACACAACGAAAAGGGCUUUCACAGUGGUCAGUCUGUUGGACCUCAACACUGUACCUGGAGCUAUGGAAAGUUCUUCAGGUGCAAAUGAAAAGAAUCUGUGUUGCUUAUGCUGUAAAUCUGGACCAAUCAGCUCCAGGUUUCAAAUUGAUCGACGUGGCUAUGUUCCGGGAGAAUCAAUUCCUAUCAAGGCAGAGGUCACCAACCACAGCAACAGGAAAAUGACGAGAUCAUACGCUGAAUUGUACAUGGUUGUUCGGUAUCAUGCAAGAGGCAAGACGCGAACAAACUUUGAGAAAAUAGGGGAAAUAUCGCAUGGAGAAAUCCUUCCUGGAGAUUCUGAUGUAUGGAAUGGUGACCUUCUAAGGGUACCGCCCGUACCGCCAUCAGAGUUACAGGGUUGCAGAAUAAUCGAAAUUAACUACUUUGUGCAGUUUUGUGUGAGUCCUGCCGGACCCGCUUUCAAGCUAGAGAUACCACUCGGGGUGACCAUCGGGUCCAUACCACUCCGUGCCACGCUCCAGCAGUAA